AUGGAAUCAUCACGGCUCGGUGUCCCGGAGGCUCAUCUCGAACAGUUCGCCAAGGCGAAGAGACAGCAGCAAUUUAUAUAUGAUGUCACAGGUAACCUCAUCAGUAGAAUAAAAACCAAGCUGGAUGAACUGUCAUCAUUCGAAGGCAUUGGCUCCAGGUCUGUUCAAGAGUUAAUAGACAUUCUCGAAGGAAGGAUUGAGAGUCUGAAAAGUGAUUUAUCGAGGAGGAAAAUGAAAGUAGCCUUCUUUGGUGGGACGAGUAGCGGGAAGACAACGACUCUGAACGCCAUGAUUGCGCCAGGGAUUGGGCGCGAACUUCUACCUUCUGGAAUGGGUGAUAGGACAAGUUGCUUCGUCCAGAUUGAGAAGAUGACCAAUGACGUCACUGGUAAAGAUGAUAAAGGAGACUCGAAAGGCAAUGCAGAUAAGGAUAACUCCGCGAGGGUGAAAAGGGAAGACCAAGAAGAAACGUCAUAUUUCUCCGUUAGAGAAGUCGAGAGUCGAGAAAAGGAAGCGUCGAUUAACUCCUUGAUGGAAAACAAACAACCUCUCAACCAAAAUACCCUAGAAGAUAUGUGCAAUGCAAAUUCAGGUCGAUCCUUGGAUGCAAGUUAUCUCAUCGAAAUUCACCUCUCAGAAGGUGACGUCAAAGAGGACCAUUUGCUGAAUUAUGAUAUUCAAAUUAUGGAUUGUCCUGGAAUUACGAAAUGUCGAGAGCUUGGCGAUAAAGUGAAAUCCUUCUGCGCAGACUCGGACGUUCAUGUACUUAUUGUGAAUCCAAAGACCGUCAUGUCACCGGAAGAGCGAGAUCAUUUCGUUGAGGUCGGCAAACGUCUUCCUAAGCCGGACAUCAUCGUGGGUUUCACUCAGUGGGAUCUAUCGGCGAGAGAAAGACGCCCCGAAGAGGUUAGCUCAUGA